UGAGCGGUGGGGAAACGCAGGGGCGGCUUCUAGGUGCUGCCGCCGCCGCCGCUGCCGCCGUCACCGCCGCCACCACCGCCGCCUCGGAUCCCGGGCCUGGGGGGCGGUGGGGCCGCGCAUGGAGCCCCCGCCCCCCGGAGCUGCCAACACCACCACAGCGCUACGCACAGGUACCCCUGGGAUGGCGUGAGCGCCCGCCCCCCCCCCCCGCCCCCGCGAUGGACCCUUCUGUGACGCUGUGGCAGUUUCUGCUGCAGCUGCUGAGAGAGCAAGGCAACGGCCACAUCAUCUCCUGGACCUCACGGGAUGGCGGUGAGUUCAAGCUGGUGGAUGCCGAGGAGGUGGCCCGGCUGUGGGGGCUGCGCAAGAAUAAGACCAACAUGAAUUAUGACAAGCUCAGCCGGGCCUUGCGGUACUACUAUGACAAGAACAUCAUCCGCAAAGUGAGCGGCCAGAAGUUUGUCUACAAGUUCGUGUCCUACCCCGAGGUCGCAGGGUGCUCCGCGGAGGACUGCCCAGCCCAGCCCGAGGUGGCUGUCACCUCCGCGGUGGCAAGUGCAGGCCCCGCCGCUGUCCACGCCGUUCCCGGGGACACUGCCUCCGGAAAGCCAGGCACACCCAAGGGUGCCGGAAUGGCAGGCCCGGGCGGCUUGGCACGCAGCAGCCGGAACGACUACAUGCGCUCAGGCCUCUACUCCACCUUCACCAUCCAGUCCCUGCAGCCGCAGCCACAGCCGCCAGCCUCUCACCCGCGGCCUUCCACCGUGCUCCCCAACGCCACCCCAGCGGGAGCAGCAGUGCCCCCCUCAGGGAGCAGGAGCACCAGUCCAAGCCCCUUGGAGGCCUGUCUGGAGGCUGAGGAGGCCAGCCUGCCUCUGCAGGUCAUCCUGACCCCGCCCGAGGCCCCAAACCUUAAAUCCGAAGAGCCAAAUAUGGAGCCUGGGUUGGGCCGGCCACUGCCCCCUGAAGUGAAAGUGGAAGAGCCCAAGGAAGAGUUAGAAGCUGCAGCCAGUGGGGAUGCAGGAUUUGUGCUGGAAGCCGUCAAGGCCGAGCCCUUUGAGCCCAAGGCAGAGCCAGAAAUCCCGCCCGCAGAGGGCGUGCCAGCCCGGCUGCCUGCGGUCCUUAUGGAAACCGCAGCGCAGGUGGGCGGCCUUGCGGCUUCCACCACUUCCAGCACAGAGAUCGCCCAGCCUCAGAAGGGCCGGAAGCCCCGGGACCUGGAGCUUCCACUCAGCCCGAGCCUGCUGGGUGGGCCGGGACCCGAACGGACUCCAGGAUCGGGAACCGGCUCCGGGCUGCAGGCGCCAGGCCCAGCGCUGACGCCGUCCCUGCUACCUACGCACACAUUGACCCCGGUGCUGCUGACGCCCAGCUCGCUGCCCCCCAGCAUUCACUUCUGGAGCACCCUGAGUCCCAUUGCACCCCGUAGCCCGGCCAAGCUCUCCUUCCAGUUUCCGUCCAGUGGCAGCGCCCAGGUGCACAUCCCUUCCAUCAGCGUGGAUGGCCUCUCAACCCCCGUGGUGCUCUCCCCAGGGCCCCAGAAGCCAUGACUGUCACCACCCCCACCCCCACCCCACCCCCUUUCUGGGGUCACUCCAUCCAUGCUCUGAACUUCUCUCCAGCCAGCCGUCUCAAGGAGAAGCAGUUCAGCUGACAGACUCGUGCUCUAGUCGUGGUUGGGUGGGCGAUUCUUAGGAAAAAGGAUCUCUCAAUAACCCAUCCACCAAAAAAAAAAAACAAAAAAAAAAACAAAAAAACACAAAAAAAACACACAUAGGAAAAAAAAAACAACAGAAAAAAAACAUUCAACUUCUCUCUUCUUGGUCAGUCCCCCAGUGGCCGCCCUCACACGUCACCUACUGCAGUGGUAGGGGCGGUUUAUUUAUUUAUUUUUUGAAGGCCACUGGGAGGAGCCUGGCCCAACUCUUUUCGGGUUGGGGGCGGGAGGGGGGGGUGGUGAGGGCAUCUCCUCCAUCUCCACAUUUAUUUUUCCCCCCCCCCCAAGAUGAGACAAUCGGGGUCUGGCUAGAGAAGGACCUUUCUUUAUUUAUUUCUCAGCCUGCCCCCUGGGGAGCGGAGGGGAGCCCCGUCUCCGUUUGGAGGUAUGGGUAGAAGCGCUCGCUUGUGGUAGUUUAUUAUUCCCGGCCCGACCCCAGGGUCCAGGAAGAGAGCAUGCCGUGUAACGGUCUGGGAGUCUUGGCCAAGCAAGGCUCACACCCUUGGAAAUGGGACUUUCCACCUCCCCAGCCUUUCUCAGACAGCUGGUCCUCUUCCAAACACCUUUUUCAGCCAGGGCGGGAUGCUGUUUUCGUUCUACUCCCCCCUGAGAAGCCAUUCCUGUGUCUGCCAAACUCCUGGGGUCCGGCCUGUUACCUCCCAAUGGAGGGUUGUUUUUUUCGGGGGGAGCGGUCCCCGUCUGGGGGGCCCCCCCAGCCAGUACUCCAGGUCUCCCUGUCCCCCACCCCCUGCCAUUUUGAUAGUAUAAUCUAUUUUUAAACAGGGCUUUUCAAUAGGGGAGAAGGAGGCAACGCUUCCUAUUAUCUGAGAUGGGGUGGGUGGGAAGGAAGGGAUUUGGGGGCGGGGGAGGGGGAAUCUUCCCUCCGCCCCCAAGUGUUUAUUUUUGAUACCAAACGUGUAUUUUCAGCUCCCUCCCUCCCAGCCCCCCAAUUUCCUGCGGGCGGGUACAAAGGACCCUUUAAGCGUCCCUGGAGUUGGGAGGGAGGACCGAGGAACAUAAAGCCUGUCCUAUCAGAAUUCCAGGCUGGAGAAGGGUGAGUUCCAAGGACUCCUGGGUUCACCUCCCGACAGCACCGGCCCAGCCCGGGGCCUGGGGACCUGGGGUGAUUUGGGGGACGGUGCUACACCUGUCUCCGCUGUUUGUUUUACUUCCCCAAAAAAUGGAUCUUUUUUUUUUCUAAGUGUCCCAGAGAAUGGGGAAUUGUUCCUGUAAAUAUAUAUUUUUAAAGGUGA